UUUCCUUGGGGUAUUUAGAAUGCACCAAGCAAGCGUUGGCCGAAAGAUUUGGAUGUCGAUGUUGUAACGAGAAAACAAUCAUGGAGGACCUUAGUAAAAUGAAGGUGGCAGAGCUGAAACAGGCUUUGAAAGACAGAGGCCUGCCAACUUCAGGGACCAAGCCUGACCUCGUGAAGCGUUUGGGAGAGGCUCUUGGAACGUCAGUUGAUUCAUCAGCAGAUGCUGGACUCGAUGACAGUUUGCAAGGAAUCGAUGAAAUUCUCAAUGAGGAUGCCAGCCCACCAUUUCCAAAGAAGAGCAGCAUAGCAGAGCCUGCUCCUAGUCAGCCGAGUGAGCCAGUUAAAGUGGAGACCCCUUCUACGGAAGAGAAUGUGGCCCCUGCAUCAAAUGGAGUGUCAGAAAAAUCUGAUGAGCCUAAGCCUGCAGCUGGCUCUGAUGAGAAAAUUGCCAAGCCUGUUGAAGUUUCCAAACUUUCUCAUGAAGAAAGGUUGAAGAUGCGAGCUGAAAAGUAUGGAGUUGUUUCGACAGAAGCUAAAAAGGAACUGAGAGCUCAAAGGUUUGGUCUUCCAUCCUCUGGAGGUGCACUAUCUGGACUAGGCACAGGGCAGCAAAAUGUUGAUGUUGAUAAGUUGAAAAAGAGAGCAGAGCGAUUUGGAACUGUGGUAUCCAAAUCUUUGACAAAAGUGGAGGAAGAUGAACGCAAGAGAAAAAGAGCCGAACGUUUUGGAGCUUCAGACGCUAUCUCUACAAAUGUGUCCAGUGGUCUCAGUUCGGAAGAAGUGGAGGCGAAGAAAAAGAAGAGGGCGGAACGAUUUGGCCUGACGACGUAGUGGACCAAUCGGAUUGCGACGUUUAGCCUCUUGUUUUUUUUAAUGUUAUAUUUUUCUGUGUAAACUUGUCAUGUGUUCAUGCAUCGUUUCAUAUUAUUCCUGAACACUUUGUGUUGCUUUUAAAAGUUUCAUCAUUUUUUGUUUUAUGGAAACAAACAAUAGUUUUACUUAGAUGGGAAGGGAUGGCCGCGGGACACAAAUGUUGUAUUAUAUUGAUGGCAGCUUUGCAAAAAUAAGCCAGCCCCUGUGAUAGGAAUAGCGUAGCUGUGCCCACACUGUCAUUGAAAUUGCAGCACUGCUGAUGUACAUUGUACUUCUUUCAGAAUUGUUGAGCACUCUGAUUAUCAGUUUCUCCCUUAAACACUUUGCCACCUCUUCUCGCCGAUUGGCGAUGUUUACCACUCAGUUUCUUUGGAUUUUCCCCAAAAUAUGAUGGCAAAGUGAUUUAAACAAGUAUUUUUUACUCUUCACAGUCAAUAAUUGUUUUUCGGUUGUCAGGUUUUUCAAUGUUGAUAUACUGUGAAAAGAAGUAAAACUAAUAAAAUAUUCUCAGGAGUAUCUGAAGAAAUUUAAGUCUUGAUGCAUGUUCACUGGUCAGAAUAUUAUGUCAAAAAGAAUGGAAUGUGAUUAGUGUGAAAUCAAGAUUUGUACUUCAGGUAGCAAAUAGACGUAUCUGCCUCAGUGCAAAAAAGAAUGAUCUUAAAUCCUGUAGAAUAACUUUAGGGGUACAAAAGAGCUUUUAAAAUUUGCUUCAUUUCAUUUUUAAACAUGAAAAUAAACAUACUCACUGAUUGA